AUGAGCUGGGACACCGAGCCUUGCGCGGGACGAAGUUAAAGUUCAGACGGAUUUAGGGCUCGCGGAAAGACGGGAUCUUUCGCCAAGAUGCAGGGUCUGAGCUCCCGAGCUCACGCAUUUUCCGUGGAGGCUCUGGUCGGGAAGCCCUGCAAGAGGAUGAAAGUGUCGGAGGGACACGAGUCAAGUUCAGCUGGAGACACCGGUGGCGAUAAGAGCAUCUUGACCGGCCUGCGUGAGUAUCCAGUCAGCCAGAUGAAGAAAGCAGGUUCAACACCGAAGGGGCCAGAAGGGACCUCCUGUGACCCACAGAAGCAGGCUGUCAGGUCAGGGCCUGAGAAGGCUGACCCAGAUGGAGAGGAGAACAAGCCUAAGGAGAACGACUGCCGCCCGGACAGAGAGGUCCGCGUAGAGCUGCAGGGCUCCGAGCUGUGGAAGAGAUUCUAUGAGAUCGGCACCGAGAUGAUCAUCACUAAAGCUGGGAGGAGGAUGUUUCCCUCCGUGCGCGUCAAAGUGCGCAACCUGGACCCGUGCCAGCAGUACUACAUCGCUAUGGACGUCAUGCCCGUGGACUCCAAACGCUACAGGUAUGUUUACCACAGCUCGCAGUGGAUGGUGGCUGGAAACACCGACCACUCCUGCAUCUCUCCCCGGCUCUACGUGCACCCGGACUCGCCCUGCGCAGGGGAGACGUGGAUGCGUCAGGUCAUCAGCUUUGACCGGGUCAAACUCACCAACAAUGAGAUGGACGAUAAGGGACAUAUUAUUCUUCAGUCAAUGCAUAAAUACAAGCCAAGAGUGCACAUCAUCCGGCACGACCCUCGGAUGGACUUGUCUCAGAUCCAGUCGCUGCCAGCUGAGGGAGUGCACAGCUUCUCCUUCCCAGAAACUGAGUUCACCACAGUCACAGCAUAUCAGAAUCAACAGAUCACAAAACUGAAGAUCGACAGGAACCCUUUCGCCAAGGGCUUCAGAGAUCCAGGAAGGAACAGAGGGGUGUUGGAUGGCUUAUUGGAGUCAUAUCCGUGGAGAGGCCCUCUGAGCUUGGACUUCAAGCCAUUCACCAUACAGCUCCAAGGGAGCUCAGGGUCGCCGACCAGCAGCGUGAAGAGCCUCCUCCCUCUCUCCUCAUCCUCAUCCCUUCACCCGUUCUCCGUCUCCGCGCUCUCCAGCCAGGACGCCGCUCUCCACACCCUCGCUCUCCCUCUCUACAGCAAGACCUCCAUCACCUCACCCAGCACCUCCCCUCUGCCCGGCAGAGCCUUCUCCUCCCUGGGAGCAGACAGACUGAGAGGCCUGCCCCCGCUCUCUCCACUGACAGACCUCCCGCUCCUCUCUGCUCUGCAGGGGAAGAAACCUCCCCACUUUAGGGACCCCUGUCUUCACGGGUCUCCGGGGAGCUCCCCUUGCCUCAUCCCCCUGCACAGCCCCCUCAGCGCUCAGGGGCCUUCUUCUCUCCUCCCUCAUCUCUCUGACACUGCGGGCCCCUACUGUCUUUACCGCUACAGCUUCCCCCUAAACCCCCAGCUCACAGCUAUUUCCCGGCAUGCCAAGCUAGCUGAAGACACCACAGACUGUGUGCUGCGCCAGUCUCCGUGGCACCCGACCGCCAACCACUGCCUCUGACAGCUGGACCGCACUUGCAGGCUCUGGCCCAUUGAGUUUAACAAGCCAGAGCUUAUUGCAACAAAACAGAGAGGGCUCAUUCUCUUUGAGCAAGACUCAAAGGAGCAACAGACACAGAACUCUGGGGACGUUUUUGUAUUUAAAAACUGUUUUGGACACUGUGUUGGAUUUACCAGCACAAAAACUGAUCCUGAAGCAGACUGUGAGCAGCUCCUCUUCACUAUGCACACUCAACUAGACCC